GAUGCUUCACUGCCUCCUUUACGCAAACACUCACCUGGACUCCUUAAUCUCCACGUAAAUUGCUUUACAGGAAAACAAUGGAUGCAUUUGGCGUUAAAAGUUUUUAUUUUAAUUCUUAAUCAUUGCACACUUGUUGCAUAGUACAAUGUUACAUUUCUCCAGUGUGCGCUAACUCAAAUAAUGUCGGUUUGUAUAUAAAUCACGUCUUGGACUUUGUUCACCGGCUAGCGUCAAGAAGCUUAACGUCAAGAAGCUUAACUUUUUCUUGUUUUUGAUCCAAAUGCCUGCCCUUCUCACUGCCAUGGAGUCGUUUGGGUCUUCAGUCACCGAAUCCACCGACAGCAUCACCAUCAAACCGCACGAUCCUUUCUCUGGUCCUCUGAAGACUGUUGCGCCCUGGAAUUACACUUUCCUCGCGUCUCUGAUGUUUAUAGUGACUUCGCUCUCUCUGACAGAAAACUUUACCGUGAUGCUCGUGACUUUCAGAUAUAAACAGCUGAGAAAGCCCUUGAAUUAUAUCAUCGUCAAUUUAUCCGUCGCUGACUUUCUAAUGUCACUUAUAGGAGGCACCAUAAGUUUUUUAACGAAUUCACGAGGGUACUUCUUUCUGGGCGUCUGGGCGUGUGUGCUGGAGGGAUUUGCCGUCACUUUUUUUGGAAUUGUGGCUCUGUGGUCUUUAGCAAUCCUGGCAUUCGAACGUUACUUUGUGAUCUGUCGGCCCCUGAAAGACGUCCGUUUGGGAGGCAAACAUGCAGCUGUUGGUCUUAUUUUUGUAUGGACCUUCUCCUUCAUAUGGACUUUUCCACCAGUUGUGGGCUGGAACAGUUAUACAGUCAGCAAAAUCGGAACCACGUGUGAACCCAACUGGUACUCGACCAACUACUAUGACCACAGCUAUAUCAUCACCUUUUUCACCACCUGUUUUAUCAUUCCUCUUGGCGUGAUCAUUAUCUCAUAUGGAAAACUUAUGCAGAAGCUCAAAAAGGUAUCGAACACGCACGGAAGGCUGGGUAACGCGCGUAAGCCUGACCGUGAGGUGGCACGGAUGGUCAUAGUGAUGAUAAUAGCCUUCAUGGUUGGAUGGACACCUUAUGCAGCAUUCUCAAUUAUUGUCACAGCCUGUCCCACAAUCCACAUUGAUCCUCGUAUGGGCUCUAUCCCAGCCUUCUUCUCAAAGACAGCAGCAGUUUAUAAUCCCGUCAUCUAUGUGUUCAUGAACAAACAGUUCAGGAAGUGUCUGAUGCAGAUGUUUAAGGGAAAUGGCACCAAUCUGGACUCCACUAAUUUGAAUCAGACAUCAGAUAAAGGGGCCAUCACUGCAACCGUUGAUACUCACCUUGUUGAGAUGUCCACCAUUGCUGCUCGCGUUCCCAUGUCCUUAUGCAAUUUGGAAAAGAGUGAGGAUGAUGAGGAAGUGGAGAAGCCAGAUCAAAGUGGGAAUGGAGGUCCAAAGCAGCUCCCUAUAUCUGAUAAUAGAGUUUGUCCUUUGUAGAUCUGACUAUACCAGUACCAUUCUCACCUGUUGUCUUAUGGAGUACAACUGUUACCCUUUCUGUAGAGAGUGUAUGGUUUGUGUUUUCAUAUAUUGUCUUUUAAUGUAUUUGUUAU